AUGAAUCGUUCAUAAGAAGAGAUUAAUUCAAGGGAAACAGAUAAAGAAGUUAAAUUAUUGAUUAAUUCUAUAGUUAACAAAAGAAGUUAUCAGAAUUUGUAUUUUUAAUUGUGUUUGCUAAUUUUACAUGUUAAUCUUUAGUUGUAAAUUAAUCUGGUAAUUUGAUUCUAAAUACGUAAUAAUAUUUGCUUGGUUCAUGGAUUUAGUCACUUUUGUUAUUAUUAUGCUUGAUAGAAAUAUAGGCAAAGUUUUGUCUUUGGUUUACUUUUUAGAGAAAGUAUUGAGCAUAUCAUUUAAGGUAAAAUCAUUUAUUUUAUGAUUAUAAGAUUACUAUAGUAAUUCACUUUGAAGUAUAAGAAAUUAAACUAUAUUAUGUACCAAUAGCUUAAUUAUUAAUUACUAUUGGAUUAUUUCUUUUUUAGGUACUCCAUCAUGAUUUAUCUAAAAGAAAGCAUAUCAUUGUAAUAUAUUAUUUUAUUUAUUAGAUAGCUCAUUCUUAUUCUAUUCUUUAUGUGAUCUAACUACUACUCUUAACUUUAAAGUGGAACAAACUAUUUGAAUACACUUACUAUCAAACAUUCAUAAUAGCAUGGACAGCCCUAGGAAUAAAUACAUUCCUGAUAGUAUUAUUAUUGAUAACUAUGGUUGAAAAUUGUUUCCUCAAAAAUAUACCCUAAAUAAAUGGUAUGACAAUAAUAGUAUAAAGGAACAAUCAUUUUUUGGUUUGUAUUUUACAUUUUUGGAUUAACAAUCCUUCCUUUCUUUUUAUUAAAGACUAUUUGUCAAUUUUAUGAAGAGGAAACUAAAUAAAGUAAUAUUUUAUUGGCGUCUAUUAUUGUUUUAGUCAGUAUUUUAAUAUAUCUCUUUUUAUUUAUUUUCUUUACUUUAAAAAUGAGGAAAAAAUUAAUGUAUAAUAAUUCUAUUACUUUAGUGUUGUAUUAUAAUUUGAGAAUAGAUAAAAUAAUAUAUAAAAAAUACCAUCAAAUACUAAUGCUUCAAAAAAAUGGAGAAAAUUAAAAAUUCCAAUUAUGUUCAUUAGGAUUUCAGCAUCCUAUUAUAAAAUGCUUACUCGAUAAUCAUCUAUAGAUACUAGUACUCGUAAUACUAGUUCUAUUCCUAUAUGCAGUGAUGUAUUAAGACCAGAUUCACUUAACUUUCGUCAAUCACCAUUCUAAACAUUAGGGAAAUAAAUGAAACCAAAACCAAAAAAUUAAGAUUCAGGAGAUUAUUGUUUAAUUUGUUUUGAAAAUGAACCUGAUGUAGUAUUACAUCCAUGUAAUCAUGGAGGUAUUUGUAAUAGUUGUUCUGAAAAUCUUAUAAAAACAACUAAACAAUGUUUUCUUUGUAGAUCAGAAAUUAGAUAUGCAUUAAAAUUUAAUCAAAAAGAUGGAGAAAUGUUAGAAGCUACUGAUGUAUAAAAAGUUUGA